CUUUAAAGCUGGUCAAUUUGGGAUCAUUGGCUUUAUUUUGUUGUAUCUCGUAAACCCUAAGUAUAGAAAAAUAAUUAAACAUCUUGUAAAAAUAUUUUCUCGGAAGUUUCUGUGCUUGAAUUUUCUACAAACUGCAGGAAAACAAAGGAACUGAAUUCUGUUGAAGUUUGAUGGGCAUUUUAAUGAGGGGAUUCUUUGCUAGGGCUUCUGUGUGAUCGUGAAAGUUAUCACUGUAAGCUUUAACAGAUUGUGUUUUACAAUACCAAUUCAGGUUUUGAAGGCUGAACAGACAACUAGGUUUGGCUUACAAUUUGGAGUGGUUGCUUGAUAUGGAAGCUUGUAUGGAUUUCUUGGAUCGGCUCGGCCUCGACCUGUCGUUGAAGAUUCUAAUGUAUUUGGAGGAUCCAUCUGAUCUUGUCCGUGUUAGUUCUGUCUCACGGUCUUGGCGACAUUUUGUAAUUGCAAAUGGUCUUUGUCAGCAGUUGUGCUUGAGAAUGUUUCCACAGUUAUCUAGAGUUGUUGGUGUUAUUGAAUUGAAAAAAUGCGCAGUAAUAGAGCCUACAGUUGGAUCUAGCUAUUCAGUGGAAUUGAAAGAUUUGGAAAAGGAUCAUAGGGUGUAUGCUUUUUUAGCUCAAGUCUGUACAUCAUUUCACGUCCAGGAAUGCAUUUCAAGAGCAAUUUGUGCCUCUAGCACUGAUAGUUAUCCGGGGAAAAGAAUUGAGAAUACUCUGUCACCAUGUAGAGCUUUCUACUGGUCAAGUAAAGGACAAAGCAAUCCUGCGGUGCCUGAGGCACUAAUAUACGAGUUGGUCAGCGAGUUUUGUAUUAUUACUGAAAUCAAUAUUUGCCCUUUCCAAGCUUACUUUCAAUAUGGUUCACCUAUAUAUUCAGCCAAAUCUGUGCGAUUUCGGAUGGGUUAUCCCAGAAUCCGUACUGGUAUAAGGAAAGCUCUUCUAGAUUACUCAUACCCUUCUGCUGAUGACAAGUUCAUAUGGACCUACACUUCACAAGAAUUUCCAAUGGCUCAGAAAAGUGACAUGCAGAAGUUCAAGCUUCCAGAACCUGUUCUUUGUGUUGGUGGAAUUUUGCAGAUUGAGCUGCUGGGUAGGGCUCAGAGAAACCAAGUGGAUGACUUAUCUUAUAUAUGCAUGACUUUUAUUCAAGUUGUGGGGCGGUCCUUAUCUCCAGCAUUUGGUGUGGAAAUUCUUGGACCAUCUGGGAAGUUUGUCUUGCUACAGAACAAGCUGGUGAAUUUUCACGACCAACCGAACGAGCCCGUUGAAAACGCCGCUCUUCUUGUACGGAGUAGUGCCAGAGAUUUGCGGCAUAUUGUGAAAAUGUUGCAUGGAAAUGUACUAGAGCCAAUUGAUGGAUUUGAGUAGGGUGAGGAAGAACAUAUUUUCUCUGAAUUUGUUAUUUGUUUCGUCUACUUGAUGAGCAGCCACCCCGCCAAACCGGGGAACAGCAAAAGAGAUGUUCUUGAACUGAAUUUGCUGCCAGAGCUGGACCAGUUUCCUCAUCUCUUAAGACCUUUUUAUAUAAAGGAUUGUGUAGUGGUAUUACGCUACUCUAAGUUUAUAAUUUCCUGUUUGAUUCAA